AAGCAGCUUCUAUAGUGUGUGACUCACACAUUUAUACAUACCAUAGCAUCUCAUUCUCAGCUGAUGAUGCAAACCAGACGUGCUAUCAACAAUAUGGUGGUCAUUCAUUGUCUACAGACGGGCAGGAACUCAGCUGUGCCUCACAACUGUUGGACGCAUCGCAAGUCUUGAGUAAUAACAACGUCAGCUACAUACCGGUAUACACCAACGCCACUGAUGGGUCUCAUUGUACUACCUACCAACCAUCAACCAACACAGUAGGUCAAGACUCCUGCACCAAAGCACGUCCAACAAUCUGUGUCUCUUUCUACUGCAACGACAGCAUGAACUUGGUAGCAGCACGUAAUGAAGACCGGUGUAUGUGUAGACCUGGUUAUAUCAGGACAUCCGCACACAGAUGUGAAUCCAUUGUCGACAUGCUAAAUAUAAACGUUACUGGCGAAGGGCUUGGGAGUUCAAACGUCACUGUUUUCAGCUUGAUUGAUUCAGAGUGGAGGGUGCACAGUGUGUACACACAGAAUACACUUUACCUGCUGGCUAAUCUCUCCUUACCUGAAGGGAGAUUUGCUAUCAGAUCUGCUGAGCGGAUCAUCUACACGUUUUCCGAAUCUAUUCAGGAAGCUGACACUGUUGCAGCAGAGCUGGCCAAGAAUCCCUCCCAAUUCCUCACCGUGAAUGCCAGCUCGAAUAAUAACGUUAUCCUGGUGCCCACAGCCCAUCUGCGCAGCUACCUGGUCAACUUAAGAGUUUGGUUUCGGCCGUACAAAGUCGAAUGCGUUGACAUUCCUGGUACAAGCCAGUCAGACACCUGUAGUUACAGUUUGUUUGUGGAGACACUCCCGUUCAAGGAUGGCCUGUACGAGUUUGCCUUGUCUCCACACAACUCUACAGUACCUGUUCUAUACAGAGUUCACCCAAGACAGACUACCAUUGUAACUCUGAUGCCCAGCAUGCCAGGUAACAGUGAUCGUAGUAGUGGCAUCACAGACACAAGUACAUCCAUCAACUCUACGCCAUCGGCCCGCUGUGAGAAUGGUACUGAUUCUACAAUAACUACAUCCCGGGUGAAGAAGGCGAUCAUUUAUUCCACUCUCUUAACAGCACUGUUAAUGACGGAGAUCUUUGCAGCCAUCACACUGAUAUACAUAACAUACCAGGCAAGAAGCUAGGUCUUUUUUCCUGUCGCAAUUCCUGCACUUUUGUUCUCUUUUUCUUUAUAUCCCCUUUUGCACAGUACUUCAUAAUAGUCACAAAUGUAAGAGUACUCCGUAAAUCUUUUGUUGUUUCAGUUGGUCUCAUUGCGAUUGUCAUAUUAUGGUAUAAAGUGAUAAGAUAAGUUGCUAAAAUAUCGCAUGUACUUCAUCAAUGGUAGUCCACGUCUCUUCAAAUUGAUAUGCAGAACAUUGUGCCUAUUGAUACAUUGAUACGUUCAUAGGAUAAUUUUAUUUCAUUUUAUAAAGUUUUGAUGUAAAGUGUAUUCCGGCUUCGGUUUGAAAAUCUUUAUUUUACAUUGCAUUUUCCUACCAUGGCUGGUUAUCGCCCUCAUCUCUGGGGUUGCUCCCCACAUUAGCAAUGCAUGCACAUGCUACGAGAUUGAGUUUAAUAAUAGGGAGGUUCUGCUCUACGUUUUGGGAACGCGACGCAAAGAAUCACGCGAACUCUCUUCGCGUUCCCGUAACGUAAAGAAAUGCUGUUCUGCUCUACGUUUCAUCUAGAGAAGUCACGUGGAAUGUGUACUGGGAAUUUUCCCUUUCAUAUUUGGCAGUUUUCUGCAUGCAGUUGAUCGAUACCCAGCAAAUCCGUACGCAUUUUCUCUGCGUGUGCCACAACGACGUUACGUUGAGAACCCCAUCUCCGCGUAGAAAUCUGGAGCCAAAACACGCGAAGCCGUAGACUCUAACCCAGACACCUGCUCUCUACGUGAUUUCUCUACGUUUCACGUAUAGCAGAACCUCGGCAAUUAGAAUAAUUCCUGAUUUCUUCUCCAGUGUACGUUGCACUGCAUUUUAAUCCAUUGCUGCUUGUAUCACAUAAUGUUGUUUAAAAAUACAUUGCAUCUGCGACGUAGGCAGUAGGUCUACGCCUCAACCAUCCAUGCUCACUUUAGCUACAGGAUGGUGCAAGACUGCAGGUUGUUCAUUUUGAAAUUUCUCCGUUUUGCAUGUUGUUUUGAUACAUGCAUGCUCUUUUGUACUUGUUUGUAAUUGUGAAUACUAUGCAUGGUGGAGUCAAGACCAGCAAACCAUUGAUUCAUGCUGCGAAUUCAA